AUGAACGCCCAAGGCAACGAAUCCUUCAUCAACCGCGGGAAUUUCGGACACAGGAUCUACCCCGCGGGGCCGUACUACGACGAGGUGUGGGAUUAUAACUCCCAGGUGAGCAGUCACUGGGAUAGUUUAAGGCAUUUUCCUUAUAUACAAGAGAGGAAGUUUUACAACGGGGUUGAGGAUGGGGAUAUUUUGGGGGAGGGGAACGGGACUAGGAAUAGCAUACAUGUCUGGUCGGAAAGGGGGAUCGUCGGACGGGGGGUGUUGGUUGAUUUUCACAGUUGGAGGCUGAAGCAGUUGGAAGGGAGAAAUCCGGAGGAGAGGUUCAAGAGGUUUGAUCCGUUUGUGGGGGAGACGAGUGGGAUUUUGCUGGAGGAUGUGAGGGCUGUGUUGAAGUGGCAGGGGACGAAGGUUAGGUUUGGGGAUAUUUUGAUUGUGAGGUCUGGGUGGACUGUCGGCUUCAACAACAAGACCCGCGAGGAGAUCCUGGCUCUGCAGCGUGCUGGUUCGAUCAGCGCUUCGGGUUUGGAACAGAGUCUUCCCAUGAUGAAGUUCCUCUGGGACAACUUUUCUGCUGUGGCGGGUGAUAUGCCGGGUGUGGAAGCUUAUCCGGCGAGGGCAAACUUCACCAUGCAUGAGGUGUUGCUCGCUGGUUGGGGGUGUCCGAUGGGCGAGUUGUUCGAUCUGGAGGCGCUUGCUGCAGAGGCCAAGAGGCAGAAGCGAUGGAGUUUCUUUUUGACGAGCGAGGUUAUCAACCUGCCCGGCGCUUUGGCUAGUCCGAUUAACGCGCUGGCUAUCUUCUGA